UUUUGGCUUUUCUCCACAGUCUCUCUCUCAUUAGAAAGAAAAGGUCAGAGUUGUCUGCUUUAUUCAAUUCACCAUAAAAAGGCUGAUACUUGCUUAAGGAAAACCAAACACCUUUUCACCAUGGAAUCAAUGAAGAAGCAGUAUCUGAAUUCUUGGUCUGGUAGAAAGAAGGAAAAGGAGAGGAAGAAGAAGAGGUGGUUCUUGGAAAACGGAAGCAUCUUACUAGAAGAAUUAAUCUCCGACUCCAAUGGUAAAUCUAUUCCUCUACGCAGCUUUCCUUCCGACCAGAUCCUUAGAGCCACUAACAACUUUGAUUCAAGCUGUUUUGUCUCGGAAGAUGCGUACUAUAAAUGGUACAGAGGUGACAUCGAAGACAGAUCUUAUAUGAUCAAGAAGUUCUCUGAGGAUAAAGUUACAGGACACAGAGUUGAAGAGGUUUACAACGAUAUUGUCUUGUCUGCUCGGAUGAGCAAUCACAACAACUUUCUAAAACUAUUAGGAUGCUCCCUCGAGUUUCCUUUUCCGGUUCUUUUGUUUGAGUUCGCUAGUAAUGGAGUCUUGAAUGAGAGAGGAGGUAUUAGUGUCAACGGGGAAGAUUCUUUGUUGCCUUGGGGUUUACGGUUAAAGAUUGGGAAAGAGAUUGCAAAUGCUGUGACUUAUCUUCACAUGGCGUUCCCUAAGAUCAUCAUACAUAGAGAUGUUAAGCCGAUGCAUGUUUUCUUAGACAGUGACUGGACUGUUAAGCUGUCUGAUUUAUCCUUCUCGAUAUCUCUACCUGAAGGAAAAACAAGAAUAGAAGCUGAAAGAAUCAUCGGAACUUUUGGGUACCUUGAUCCGCUAUACCAUGCCACGAGUUUUGUGACUGAGUAUACCGAUGUGUACAGCUUUGGGAUCUGUUUGUUGGUUUUUCUCACUGGCAAACCGGUUGUCAUUCAGGGAUCUGAUGGAUAUGCUCAAGGUAUUCUUAGCUAUGUGAAAGGGUUGUGGGAGGAUGGGGAAGUGAACGAAGUAAUUGAUACGGUGAUGGGUAAAGACAUCACAAGUGUCCAGAAAUCGCAGGUGGAAAUGUGUCUUGUACUGGCUUUGAGAUGCUGCAAUGAGAGAGAUGAAUACAGACCAAAGAUGAUCCAAGUAGCUAAAGAACUCAAACUGAUUGAGGCAUUAUUCAGAGAUUCUAGCUAGAUGCAUGAAACUUUCAUGUUUAUUCCAUUUCCUCCUUAUUCUAACCAUAGUGUGGGUCCGCCCCCGCCAUUAUGCUUAACCCAUUGUUUGCUGACACUAGUAGGAUAUAGGAAUCUGGUAAGCCUUGGAGAAGGUAUUUGAGGAAGUGAUUGAGAGACAGAACAUGAGUUAGAUAAGGAGAAGAGAACGAGUUUGGAAGAAGAAGAGAAGAUUGACUUGUCAGUUACUGGGGCCGUUAGGAGUCUGUUCGUUAGUUGGGUUAGCUUUGCUACUAUAUAAAGCGAGCUACAGUGAAUAAUGUGGGUUGGCUCAGAGCCGGGCUUGAGCAGAUGUAUGUGAAACAUUUGAUUGGCCCCCAUCUUGUGGGGCCCCCAGUUUACAAUUUUUUUUUUGCUUUUUAUUUUUACAAAACAUUAUUGGUUUAUAUAUAUUCAUAUAUUUAUAUAA